CAACGGUCAGCUCAGCUCAGCUCAAUGGGAGUUCGACCGCGCAGCUCCGCUUCCGACACCACCACACGGCUGAAGAGAGAAGAUUUCCGUCGUACCAAACAUGACUCUGCUUUCUCCCAUUGGAAGAUUCUAAUUGGAGCUUUCGAUUGGGAAGACCAUUCGAUGGGAAAAGAAGGAGUAGAAAGGUACAGGACGCAAAACCUCCCGAACUGGACUUCAUGUCCGGGAGUUUAUGAGCUCGGGGUUGCACAAUCUGGAAAAGAAACCAGAAAACUGGACUCAGCUUCUGUCAUUCCCGUUUAUCUCGGACAGGCUGAUAAACUUAGGAACAGACUGCAGCAGUAUGGCCGUGAUGGUGCCCAUUUGGAAAAUGGAUGUUCAACUAGCAAGACUGUUGAUUGCCAAAGUGUUUCUGCUCAUAAGGGACUCGGAUUGUUUACAGAUAUAUUCUCAAGAGGGCUGCCAAUCGUUUAUAGAUGUGCUCCUAUGAAAAGUAAGAAGGACGCCGAGAUAACUGAGAAACAGCUGCUUGACAGAUUUGAUUAUGCAUGGAACAAGGGCAGCAAUGUUUCACGCCGCCAAGAUGAUAUCUACAAAAAACUUGAACGCCUUGAAAAAGCAUCCAGGUUUUCUCUUCUUGCUAAAAAGUUUCUCUUCUCCAAUCAGAGGGAAGUGGGCAUUAAAAUCGGAAACAGCUCUAAUUUAAGUGGAACGGGUAAUAGUACAAUAUUCUCGAGAAUACUUGGGGUUAGGAGGUUGCAGGCAAGACCAGUACAAUCUGAUUGUGGCGACAAUAUUUGUGGAGUUGCCACUGGUCACGGAUCUGUUUGCACUUCAUCACCAGUUGCAGGAAGAAAACGAUGUGCUGUGCACAAAGGGCUGAGAAUCAACGGCUAUAGUUUAAAGUUGGAUACAAAAGUAAGAGUCCCUCCUAAUGCAGCCAGCCUGAAAUCUGGUGUACACACAGAUCAAGAGUUUAACGAUGAGAAAGCCACUAGCAAAAAGUUUAACCUCACUUGUGGAUUUAUUUUGGAAGAUGACUCUCCUUGUAAAAGAUGCCCUGUUCAAGGCAAUAAAAGGUGUUUGGAGCAUAAAGGAAGGCGGAUCCGCAGAUCCAAACUAAGCUCGUAGACGAAGAAUUAUGGAAACGUUGCUUAGUUAUCAGUUGACUGAGCUAACCAACGUAAUUCUUCAACUUCUAAGCUCUGGUAGACAGCCGAUUGUUGGCAAGAUUGACUACAUCUGGAUAUGAAAUCGAUGCAGGGAUGGAAAGGUUCAUAAUGAGAACGAAAGACGUGAAGUUGAAGGAAGGUUACGUGCGAUUGCCUGUGUAUUUACUGAAGAUGAUCAUACAAGCUGUAUUUGCAUAGUUAGUAUUUGAUCAAAGCUGCAGAAAUCACACUUAGAUCGGCUUCAUUUUGUGCGAAAUUGCACGCUGAUGAGGAUGGAGGAUGAAGGUGUUGUCAUGUAUGAUGAGCAAAUUCCAGAAUGUUGUAUUUAAUUGGAACAAAUUUGUUGUAAACUUGUAACAAUGAUAAAAAGAGCAAGUCAUGUAUGAACACAUUAGUAUACCAAUUAAUUUUAUUGCUAGUGAUCCUAACAAGAAUCAGAUUGUACA